CGGGCCCCAGCCAGCCCGCGCCGCGCCGCCAUGAAGGCGCGCGCGCUCUUCACCCUGUGCACCGCGAUUUUCGCCGCUGCGACCCUCGGAAAUGCCGAGAAGAGCAAGUUCUAUUAUAUGGACUCGUUGUGCAAGGACCACUUCCUCCAGCGGCAGUACCGCAAGCUGGAUGGAGGCGUGCUGUGGUCGCGAAACGAGCGCAACCUCGACUGCACCGUCACUUUCCAGACGCACAGCAUCCUGCAGCGCUUCAUGUUGCACUUCGAUAUGCUGCAGCUCGACUGCAACGACCACCUCUACGUCUACGACGGCGCGCACGCCACCGCACCACCUAAGGCGGACCUGUCGUGUCGCAACACGAAGCAGCAAGUGGGGGCGCUGUUCACACGCAGCAACUUCGUUACCCUCAAGUACGUCACCGACAACUGGGGUACUGACGCCAACGGCUUCAAGCUAGUCAUCACCGCCGUUAAGGACCCCAUUCCAGAACACGGGUGCAAGGAAUUCCGGUGCAAGCAGCGCGAGUUCUGCGUGAGUGCCGACCUCGCGUGCGACGGCGUCGAUCACUGCGCCGACGGCUCAGACGAGGACACCGCCGCCCUUUGCCCCGAGAACGGAGGCGCGGGCGGCGGCGGGCUGUGGCUGAUGGGUGCGGCUGGGGGCGGGGUGCUGGCGCUGGCCGCCGCCGCGCUGGCUCUCUGCUGCUACUGCCGUCGGAGGACGCCCUCGCGCCGCACACAUCUACAUUUGGCACAGAUGGCGAGCAGCAACGGCGCCGGGUCGGCUGGCAAGCCGGCGGGCGGCGAAUCCCCACCGGCCUGCCCGGGCGACACGCGGCUGCCGGGAAACUGGGCGCUCCCUGCGGGCCCGCGCGGGUACAACGCGGCGCGUCCGGGCCGCCUGCGGGCGAGCGCACAGCGCUGAGCGCUGCCCCGCACAAGGACGAGUGGUUCGUCUGAGGCGGCCCGGUCGGGCCCGCAGGGCGGGGGCGCCGUACCGGCCCCCACUACUCCUCCCCCGUGUCGCACGCGCACAGUCGCGCGACGCGGUCACGUGUUCCAUUCAUAACGCGACCGAUUUCCGUUUGCAGGCGCGUCUCAGAGCGCGGCCACAGUAUAAGUAUGACAUCUACUAUAUCUACUAUAUUUCUGACAUCUACUCAUACUUACACUGUGGCACGUCUGCGAAGUGUUACUUAUGACGCAACAUGUUUCAGUUUCCGACUGGGAGCGUCGCUCGCGACCUUCUCAAAGUGCGUACCGGUUCAUGUGUUACGAUGGUUUUGGUUUAGAGUAGGAUGAUAAAUGUGUUCAAACGCAAUUCGCGCGUCGCGAUGUUGUGUUCUUUAAGCGAUCGAGUAUGUAUGUAUUUCGAGAGGCCCCUGGUCGACUGGCGAUAAUGUUGCAUACAUAUUUUGUACUAAAUGGCAUUAAUACUAGUUUAUAGGUAAUACUGAAAUGCAAUAAUGAUAAAACAGAUUACAUAAAUCUCCUGCUGCGAGAUUCAAGCCUUCGAAAGAGAAAUAUUUUAGGCGUUAUUGUACUUAACGAUCCUUUUUGGGGAUGACAUUCAUACUUAUGCAAUGUUAUUGACGAAGUAGGGGCCAAUCUUUUAGACGUGACACGUUGCCGUAUUUAGUUUGUAUGUUGAAGGUUUAAGAGUUUAUAGUUAAUAUCGCAUGAUGUGACGCGAUGCAUUUCACGGAGUUCAAUUCUCACUUGUAAAACAUAACAAACUAAUCUCGAAAGCGCAAUAAUAUUUUCUAAGGUAAAUUAAAGCGCGAUUGGAUCCGAACAUUGCGCGUUUGCAGGUGGAAACGCGUCGCGUCAUUUCACUCGGAGCAAUGAUAAUGCGACCCGCGCCGGCUGCAGACAAACCCCUCGCCAUAUCACUUUUAGAUAGUUAUUAUAGAUUAUAUCGAGCCUGUAUAGUGACGUAGAGAUACAUAUCAAAUGAUGAUGAUAAUAAUAAUGUUUAAUUUUGCGAGUGCUUCGCAUCGAACAUAUCAGGAGACAGGUGCGGUGGGCGGCGCUCCGCUGAAUAUUACAGGAUACAAGUGAAAUGCUGCGGCGUGCCGUGCAUCGUGGCAUGCUCAAGUUUGUGUAAUAGAGGGGAUUGUUCUGAACACUCACGUAGAGUGUGUCGGGCUUCGGCUUGCAGCCGGUGCGGGCGUUGCGGUCUCGCGAGUGGGUCACGGUGCGCAUCGUCGCGCGACACGCGGCGACACGCGGGCGCAAGAGACUGUACUUACACCGAUAUGACACGACAGUACGACCGGUGUGAGCGGCGGCCGCCUGCCACCGGCCGCUCUCACACCGCACCGAGCGAUCUAUCCGAACGUAUCUUGUAUGUAUAUGUAAUACUUAAUUUUAGCGAGGAUUUUUUUUAGGUGAUUUUUACUCGUUUAGCGAGAGGCGCGCCGCGCCGCGUCUCGUGGGUGUCCAGUUUUUGGUGUUACGAUAAUCGCAUUGUAAAUUUAUCGAUAUGAAAUUAAACACUUUUGGCUUAUUGUUCGUAUGUUAUUGAGUUGUUACUACUGACAACAGCGCCGGCUCCCUGCGCCCGUUACCCCCUUCCCCUUUCCCACCAACCCCACCCACAGCCCGGUCAUGUGUUGAAAACGUUCAUUGGAUUAUGAUCUAUUUGUAUGAAGUUACAUGUAAAGGAAUUGUAAAC